CAGAUAGGAAAUCGAAGGGGAAGAAUAAAAGAAAAAAAGGAGGGGAAAAAGGAACCCAGAGGAGAGAGUCAUGGUUUCAACGAGAAGGAGUGGAUCUCUCUCUGGAAGCAACAGCAAAAGAUCUUCGUCCUCGGAGGACAAGCCAUCGUCACCGAAGCGUCAAAAGGUGGAAAAUGGCUGUGGCUCAGAGAAAUCGAUGCCGGCGGUGGAGAAUUCUAAAGAAUUAUGCACCCCGCCGACUGUGGAUCCUGGAGAUAAUGGACCUGGCGGUGGUCCGAUCGCCGGAGUUGACGUUGGAGAAGGUGUGAGCUCUUUGAAGGAGGAUGCUGCACCAGCGGCUGUUGCUGUUACCACUCCUAUCGCCGAGGGAACUUCGCUGGUGGGGGAUAAGCCUAGGAGUUCAUUUUCAUCUUGGAGUCUCUAUGCUGCGAAGCAGAAUCCAAAUUUUGAGACGACAACUCCUUGGUGUAGACUUCUAUCACAGUUCGGUCAGAAUCCCAAUGUUGAUAUUUUCUCGUCAAAUUUUACCAUUGGUUCUAGUAGAGGUUGCAACUUUCCCUUGAAGGAUCACACGAUUAGCGGGACACUUUGCAAGAUCAAGCACACUCAGCGUGAGGGUAGUGCUGUAGCAGUGCUUGAAAGUACGGGAGGCAAGGGAUCGGUGAUGGUUAAUGGGUUGACCGUCAAGAAGAGCUCCAGCUGUGUGCUAAAUUCUGGUGACGAAGUGGUCUUUGGUGCUUUGGGGAACCAUGCUUAUAUAUUUCAGCAACUUAUGAAUGAGGUUUCUGUUAAAGGUUUAGAUGUUCAAAAUGGUGUUGGAAAAUUCUUGCAGCUCGGAAAGAGGACUGGUGAUCCUUCUGCUGUGGCUGGGGCCUCGAUAUUGGCAUCUCUUUCAAGCCUCAGGCAGGAUAUAUCACGUUGGAAGCCUCCCUCUCAGACCAGCGGUAAAACACACCAAGGUGCUGAACUUCCUUCUAAUUCUGUUGUUCAUGAUGCAAUGGAACUUGAAAUUGAUGCUCUUGAAGCCAACUCAAAUCCAGAAGUGCGAAAUGACAAAGCUGUAGACUCAAGCACCACUAGCAGGAAUCUUCAUCCGGGCUCCAAUCCAGAUGCUGUCAUAGAGGCAGGCAAUGUAAAACUCUCUGGGGUGAAUGAUUUGAUAGGGCCUUUGUUCAGGAUGUUAGCUCAGUCAACUAGUUGUAAACUGAAAUUGAGCAAAAGUAUCUGUAAACAGGUAAUGGAAGAUAGAAACCAGUGGAUUGGGGAGUUGCAGCCAGCAUCAACCUCAGGAAUGUCUUUGCGGUGUGCAGCAUUUAAAGAAGAUGUUCAUGCAGGAAUUGUUGAUGGAAGAGACUUAGAAGUUUCAUUUGAGAACUUUCCAUACUAUUUGAGUGAGAAUACGAAGAAUGUGCUUAUUGCUGCUUCUUACAUACACUUGAAGCAUAAAGAACAUUCAAAGUACGCCUCAGAAUUAAAUACAGUGAAUCCACGAAUUCUACUUUCUGGUCCUGCUGGUUCGGAGAUAUAUCAAGAGAUGCUAGCGAAGGCACUUGCCAACUACUACGGAGCAAAGCUACUCAUAUUUGACAGCCAUUCAUUUUUGGGUGGUUUAUCAUCAAAGGAAGCAGAGCUGCUGAAGGAUGGAGUUAAUGCAGCAAAGUCUUGUAGUUGUUCAAAACAGAGUACUGUAUCUACUGAGACCACCAAGAACACAGAUCAAAUGACUGGUGAAGAAGAUACUCCAAGCUCUUCAAAUGCUACUUUAACCGCCCCUGAUUCCCAACCUAAGAUGGAGAUGGACUCAAUACCAUCAUCCUCUGGGACAGCAAAGAAUAACUUUUUAAAAAUUGGUGAUAGAGUAAAAUUUAUAGGUUCAGCUUCUGGUGGGAUAUAUCCAGCAACAUCUCCCGCAAGGGGCCCACCCAAUGGAACUCGCGGAAAGGUUGUAUUAACUUUUGACAACAACUCUUCAUCAAAAAUUGGUGUUAAGUUUGAUAAACUUAUACCUGAUGGAGUUGAUCUUGGGGGAUAUUGUGAAGGAGGCUAUGGAUAUUUCUGUUAUGCAACCGAUCUACGUUUGGAGAACUCUGGCGUGGAAGAAUUGGAUAAGAUUCUUAUUGAUAUUUUAUUUGAGGCAGUAUUUAGUGAAAGCAGAAAUUCUCCUUUCAUUUUGUUCAUGAAAGAUGCUGAGAAGUCUCUUGUUGGAAAUUUAGAUUCCUAUUCUACUUUUAAAAGUAGACUGGAAAAGCUUCCCGACAAUGUUAUAGUAAUUGGCUCUCAUACUCAUACUGACAACCGCAAGGAGAAGUCGCAUCCCGGUGGCUUGCUUUUCACGAAAUUUGGCAGCAAUCAAACUGCUCUUCUUGACUUGGCAUUUCCGGAUAGUUUUGGAAGACUGCAUGAUAGAGGGAAGGAAGUUCCAAAAGCAACAAAACUUCUUACUAAACUAUUUCCCAACAAAGUUACAAUCCACAUGCCGCAGGAUGAGGGCCUUCUUGUAUCAUGGAAGCACCAGUUAGAACGAGAUGCCGAAACUCUUAAAAUGAAGGGAAAUCUUAAUCAAUUGCGCGUUGUUUUGAGUAGGAGUGGAAUGGAUUGUGAAGGUCUAGAGACAUUAUGCAUCAAGGAUCAAACACUUACGAAUGAGAGUGCAGAGAAGGUAGUUGGAUGGGCCUUAAGCCAUCAUUUAAUGCAGAAUCUAGAAGCCGAUCCUGAUUCUAGAAUUCUUUUGUCUUGUGAGAGCAUUCAAUAUGGGAUCAGCAUCUUACAGGCUAUCCUGAAUGAAUCUAAAUGCAUGAAGAAGUCACUCAAGGAUGUAGUUACGGAGAAUGAAUUUGAGAAAAGGCUUCUAGCUGACGUUAUCCCACCCAGUGAUAUAGGAGUAACAUUUGAUGAUAUUGGAGCUCUUGAAAAUGUGAAGGAUACUCUAAAGGAGUUGGUGAUGCUUCCUUUACAAAGGCCCGAACUUUUCUGUAAGGGACAAUUGACAAAGCCAUGCAAAGGUAUUCUGUUAUUUGGUCCACCUGGAACAGGUAAGACGAUGCUCGCAAAAGCUGUGGCUACUGAAGCUGGUGCAAAUUUUAUCAACAUUUCCAUGUCAAGCAUUACAUCAAAGUGGUUUGGUGAGGGUGAGAAGUAUGUAAAAGCUGUUUUCUCUCUAGCCAGUAAAAUUGCCCCAAGUGUUGUAUUUGUUGAUGAAGUUGACAGCAUGCUGGGUCGAAGAGAAAAUCCGGGAGAACAUGAAGCCAUGCGAAAGAUGAAAAAUGAAUUUAUGGUGAACUGGGAUGGUUUGCGAACAAAGGACACAGAAAGGGUGCUGGUUCUUGCAGCCACAAACAGACCUUUUGAUCUUGAUGAAGCUGUUAUUCGAAGGCUUCCUCGUAGGUUGAUGGUGAAUUUGCCAGAUGCUCCGAACAGAGCAAAGAUACUCAAAGUUAUUUUGGCAAAAGAAGAUUUGUCUCCAGACUUUGAUUUUGAUUCGGUUGCUAGUAUGACAGAUGGAUACUCUGGGAGUGACCUUAAGAAUCUUUGCGUUGCUGCUGCACACCGUCCAAUUAAAGAGAUAUUGGAAAAGGAGAAAAAGGAGCGUGCUGCAGCUCUCGCGGAUGGCAGGCCUGCUCCUGCCCUUAGUGGAAGUGAAGAUAUUCGGCCUCUAAAUAUGAACGACUUCAAAUAUGCUCAUGAACGGGUGUGUGCAAGCGUAUCAUCGGAGUCCGUAAACAUGACCGAGCUGCUACAAUGGAACGAGCUCUACGGUGAAGGGGGCUCUAGGAGAAAGAAGGCUCUUAGUUACUUCAUGUAAGCUGGUAUUUGUACAAAUCCUCGAGUCUCUCAUUAAUUUCCAUGCUUCUCCAGACGCCAGUGCUCACUCAAAUCUAAUUUAUAUCUCAUGGGGUUCGUCUGGAAGCCAAUUUCUCUAGUAGUAUGAAAGUAUAGGUUUUUGUAAAUCUUCUUUUUCCCUUCUUUUUUGAAAGUUAGUUCAGAAUGAUUGGUAUAGGAAUGGAGCUGAUCAUAGUUUUGGUCAUCCGCGACUCGUGUUUUGUGGCAUCGGUAAAAAAAUGUAUCCCAAAUUUGGAUCUUGAUUUACUUGAAGCAGAGGAGAGGAGAAGAAUCAUCACCAUGUUCUUACAUUUUCCCAUUAAUUCUUUGCUGGGUUGAACCAAUAACCUUUGGUAGCAUUCUGUAACCCUGCAGAUGGAGAUAAAAGAUGUUUUGAGCAAAACAAACAACUUCUCAUUCAUCUAUGUCCCUAUUGCCAUUGCUAAUUUAUGUUCCCUUAAAUAGGUAGCUUUCA